UCGGGCGCAGGAUGGAUCUGUCUCUGCCCCGCCCUCACGUCACCGGAUGUGACGCGAAGGAAGUAGUAAAGUCUGCUAGCCUUGAGUUGUUUCGGCACCGGAGCUUUGCUGGCUGGUGGAAUGGCAGAUGAGGAAGAGGAUCCUACAUUUGAGGAGGAAAAUGAAGAAGUUGGAGGAGGUGCUGAAGGUGGACAGGGCAAAAGAAAGAGACUUUUCUCUAAAGAAUUACGAUGUAUGAUGUAUGGGUUUGGAGAUGACCAGAAUCCUUAUACUGAGUCAGUGGAUAUUCUUGAAGACCUUGUCAUAGAGUUCAUCACUGAAAUGACUCACAAGGCAAUGUCCAUUGGAAGACAAGGUCGAGUACAAGUCGAAGAUAUUGUCUUCUUGAUUCGAAAGGACCCGAGGAAGUUUGCUAGGGUUAAAGACUUGCUUACUAUGAAUGAAGAAUUGAAACGAGCUAGAAAAGCAUUUGAUGAAGCAAACUAUGGGUCUUGACACCUUGUGUACUUUCUGAAAUGUCAUUAUCUUCUAUGGAAACCAUAUAUAAGUUUAUUUUCUGCAGUAAUGUCCUGAUGUUUAGGCAUGUACAUGACAGGAAGAAACACAGUUUUCAGCCUUUAUUUUCGUGUCUUUGUUUUUAGAGCAUUUGAUUUGAGGCUUUAAUUGCCUGCCUUUAUAUGACCAUACUUGAAUUACUUACUAGAUUUUAACAACUACAUAUAAGUUAAAGUACUUUGCAAACCAUGCAGUCCCUUCUGACUUUUGACUGUCUGAAGAAUAAACUUGUAUUAUGUAUUAGAUAUAUUCAUGCCAUUAUAAGCUGUAUGCUAGCUGUUUAAUAUGUAAAAUCUCAAGGGCCUUUUUGACUGACAGCUAAGGCAUGUGCUUCAUGUAUUCUGAAGUUUUUAGACAACAGUCAUUUUGUGUGUAAGGAGAUGAUAUAGGAAACUACAAGUUUUUAUAAGAAUGUCUUAAAAGAUAAUUUACUAUCUUUUUUAAAGAUAACUUUGUUUUUGACAAAAUAAGUUUCAUGUCAGUGCUUCUGUGUUAAAGCUUUUGUUGAUUUAAAAGCCUUUUGCCUUAUAACAUACUACAGGUAUUUGUUAAGUUUUAGGAGAACUCAUUUUCCCAGAUCAAAGAUUCUAAAUCUAAAUGCUUUCAGUAGUAGGAAUGGCGAUGAUUAAAAGGCUAAUGGCAAGAUAAGCAUUUGGAAUAGUGUUGUAUUAACGUACUUGCUCAUUGUGGAAAUGUAUACUUGAUUGAAACCAUAUGUGACCAUAGAAACCCCUUUGUGUAGUUCAGGAUAUGCAGGUUUUGUGUGUACUUAGCUUAUUUCAUUAAAUUAUUAUCUUCAUCUUAAAAUAAGGAUUAAAAUUACAUACAAAGAGAUCAUUGAAUGUUGUUUUAUGGAACGGAACUUUUUGUUGCCACUUAUAAAAACAUUACUAUAAAUCAGUAUUGGAAAAAUUUUAAUUUCUUAAUCUAUUGAUACAAGGAAUAAAGUGUGAAAAUUUAAACAGA